AUGGGUGUACCAACAACCCCGGAAGGACUUCCUUUGGACGAUCGGUCCAAUGCGCUCAAGAUACCCAUCAUCACAUUGAUCAUAUUCAGCUCGGUAUUCGUCUUGCUCCGCUUGGGCAUUAACUGGAGGAAUAGAAACUUCUUCCUACUGACAGACCAUCUAUUAUGGACGGGUCAGGUCAUAGCCGUAGCUGGUGCGGCAUGCUGCUACAGGAUGGCAGAAGUCGGGGGCGGUAGGCAUAUUUGGGAUCCCAUGUUGACGCCUCGGAACCUGGAAACAUAUCUUUACUACCUAUGGCUGGGUCAACUGCUCAAUCUGUACGGAAUGGCCUUGGUCAAGCUGAGUGUUUGCGCCUACAUCUUCAUGUUGGACUUUUCGAGAACAUUUCGGAUCAUCAUCUGGGCUUCGGUCGUGAUCCAUAUCCUCGUCAACGUUGUCUUUCCUACAGUCAUUCUUUUCGGCGAAUGCACACCAUACACGAAGCAUUGGGAUGUCGCUGGAACCAAACCUGGUUCUUGCUGGAGUGCGACACCACGAGUCAUAUCUGGAUACUCUGGCGCUGCAGUCAACAUAUUGACGGACUUGCUCUACACCAUGUCCCCGCUCAUCUAUAUUGCGAGGGUGCAGCUUCCCAAGCGAACCAUCUGGGGUGUUCGCGCAGUGUUCUUGUGCGGUCUUAUUACAACCACCAUCUCCGCGAUGAAACUCUACGAGAUGAAAUCCUUGAACGAAUCACCAGACCCUACCUAUUCGUCCGUCAAUCUCAGCGUUUUCGCGAUUGCCGAAGUCUUCGUUGGCGUUUUCACAGCGUGUCUUCCGCCGCUCCGCAAGACGUUUGAGAACCUUCUCCGCAAGGUUCUUCCUACGAGUAUCACCGGAGGAUCUGGGAAGGGAUCAAGACAAAGUUACGCACUCCAAAACACCGGCCCUCAGAUGAGUGGGAAGUCAUCGAAGCGGAAGCAUGAUACGGACGAUGAUAGUGAGCUUGGCAUACUACCAGACGGUGAGGUCGUCAGCGAGAGGAAGGGUUCUGAUCAGCCGAUCACUAUUAUGAAGACCACGCACGUAGAGGUGACGGCUGAUAGUAAGAGCAUAGCGUCGCGGCGACAUGGCGACUGGCCUAAUCCGCACCACCUUGACCUUGGCGCAACCUCCUUCAUCAACAUGUCGAAGCCAUCCAAACCAUAUCAUCGUGAUCUCCAGUUCCGAGGUUUCGUAGAAGGCCUCACCUACAUUGAUAGCGACAGCCAAGCACAGUGCCACUACUUCGGAGGCGUCCCAUACGCUCUCCCACCUGUUGGCCCCUUUCGCUUCCACAAGCCACGCUCACUACCACCGUGCUAUCGCUACGGAACGAAAGCGAACCCGGGGCGAUAUACAGGCGCAUGCGGGCUUUGUCCACAGCCAGGGUCCAGUACGGAAGUUCUUAACGAACCUGCAUGGGAUGAAGACUGCUUACAGACCAAUAUUUGGAUUCCAGCUGGUCAGUCGCCAGCGGAAGGUUGGCCGGUACUAUUCUGGAUUCAUGGCGGGUUCCUGCAAUGGGGUAGCCCGAACGGUCUCGACCUCCGUGCGCUAUUUAGUGAAUCCCCUACCCAGUGCGUCGUCGUCUCUCCCGCCUACCGUCUGAAUGUAUUCGGGUUUCUCGCUUCCCAGGAUCUUGUCGACUCAUGCCCGGAUUUUGGCGUCAAUCUCGGCUUCUGGGAUCAGCGCAUGGCUCUGCAGUGGACGUACGAGAAUAUCAGCUACUUUGGCGGUAACGCCUCAAAUAUCACUAUCGGCGGGUAUUCGGCAGGGAGCCACUCCGUCUUUCAUCAGCUGUCGUAUGAUCUCGGAUUGCCCGAUGAAAAGACAGUCGUAAAGAGAGCGUUAAUGCUGUCGAACGGUCCAGGUAUGCAGCCGAAGAGUUUGACUGAGGCGCAGGAUCAGUUUGACGAGCUAUUGAAGGCUUUGAAUAUCGAGUCAGACGCGUCGCCAGCUGAAAAACUGGCGAGACUCCGCGCAAUAAGCCCAAGGCAGAUUGUAGAAGCAAGCAACAAGAUCAAGCAUCACCAGUUCCGUGCAGUCACAGAUGGGUCGUUUGUGCGGCAUGGUCUUCUGGAAGAGCUGUCGAACGGGGUCUAUGCGAAGCGUAUGAAGCGUCGUAAUGUGAAGCUCAUUAUCGGGGAAUGCAGCGACGAGCAUUUCGUCUACGGCCUUUGGCGACCUCCUAAGCCAGGGUACGAAAACAUGCUUCACCGGCUUGAAGCGGACUAUCCCCGCGAAGCAUGUAAGGUGUUGAUGUCGCAUUAUUUCCCAAAUCGCAAGCUGCCAUCCAAAUAUACGAGCUGGCAGGCAGUUUUCGGUCAUAUCUACGCAGACGUGCAGAUUCACGCAUUGCGGCGUGGGAUGGUAAAUGCGUUGGUAAAGCAUGGCGCGGGAGAUCUCAUACAUAGAUACCGCAUCGAGUGGCGCGCGCAAUGUGUUGACAAAGAGCUGCCCGAGCACUUUGGUGCUAGUCACGGCUCCGACAUGGCGAUAUGGUUCUGGGGCAACGGCAACGACCUGAGUGAAGGAGAGAAGAACAUCGCGUUGAAGACAUUUCACGAACCGUUGAGCAGGUUUCUCAAAGGCGAGAAGAUGGAAUGGGGUACGCAGCAUGCAAUGCAACUGAGGACAUUGAAGAGUGAUGGAAAUAUCGUUAUCGAGGAAGACACAAGACUAGAUGAGGGGUUGAAGCUGUGGAAUGCGUUGAAGACAGUUGGCGCUACUGGUAGUCCCAAGGAUAUGGCAAAGCUAUAA